AUAUCGAUACGAUAGACUGUCUGUCGCAUUGAGUUAAAUUUUCAUUUAAAUUUGAUUUGCAUUAAAUCCGCACGUAGGCGUUACAAAGGUGAACUGCUAGAGUUGCCCCAUUGGCCAUGCCGGACGACACACAAGAUGUCAAAGCCCAGAAACUGGCGGCGGCUCGCAAAAAGCUGAAAGAGUACCAGCAACGCAACAACAACAACAUUGAGGAGAACAUUGGCACWAACACCAAUUCGUCAACAGUAAGCAUUGCGAGCAAUUUAUCCGAACGUUCUGAUUGCGAAUUAAGCUCGAGCAAUGGCGUCGGCAGCGGCAGCGGAGCGGCGCAGUCGCAACAAACAGUGGAGCAGACAAUGCCAGCAAUGCCCUCGGCAGCUGCGUAUUUUUCCAAGAAAACGAUGCCGACAAUACAGCCAGAAACAGAAGUGCAAUCCAUUUGGCCGCUGAACGGACAGCAAAACGAUACAAAUUUGCAAACAAUUCAAGUAUUAAUUGCAGAAAAGGCUCAAUUGAAUACGGAGCUAACGAAGAGCCGGCAUCUGUGCCGUGAGCGAGAAUUGGAGCUGGAGGAACUACGCACAGAGCAUGGCCAGACCAUGGAACGGCUUGACCAAAUGCAGCAGCAUUGCCAGGAGCUGCAACGUAACGCUGGACAGCAGCGCAAUCAAAACGCUGAGCUGCAACACAAACUGGCGGUGGCAAGUGCUCAAAUCGAGGACCAGAAGGCGCAUCUCAGUGAGCUCGAGGCUCAGGUGCAGCAGCUCAAAACAAAGCAGGACGAACUGCAACAGCAGCACACCGAGAAAUGCAAUGAACUCGAAAUGGCACAAUUGCGCAUUCGUCAGCUCUCGGACGAGUCGAAUGUGAAUGCAGACAACCGCGUCGAGACGCUAACCCAAACACAAUAUAUGUAUGAGCAACAAAUACGCGAUCUGCAGCAAAUGGUGUCACAGCUAACGCAGGACAAGGAGCAGGCGGCAAUUCAGUAUCAAAACUAUGUGGCCAGCCUAAAGGAACGCAACGCCGAACUGACCGAGGAGGCAGCCGAGCUCAAGGAGCGCGAGCGCCAGCUGGUCGAACAUGUGAGCGGACUCGAACGUGAUAUACAAAAAAAUUUAGCUCUGCAAGCACAAUACAAGGAAGCAGCCAAGAAGGAAGCCGAACCAGUCCAGCCAGUACAGACCGAGACGGCGUCGAGUGCGGAGUUAGCUGCGUUGAAAGAGAAAAUUGAAGAUUUGGAGUUUGAGCGACACGAGUUCCUGUUGAAAAUUAAAUCACAGGAUAAUCAAUUGGAAUUGAAGGAGCUCAGACUUGUUGAGUUGGAGCAGGAGUUGGCACGACUGCAGACAGAACAGCCGAAUCAGCUGAAGCUAUUGGCCACGAUGGAGUCCGAUAAAGUGGCCGCCUCGCGAGCGCUCAGCCAGAACAUGGAUAUGAAGCAGCAGUUGGAUGAGCUGCAGCAACGUUUUGUCCAGCUGACCAAUGAUAAACUGGAGCUGGUCAAUAAACUGGAUGCCGAGGAGUUUGCCAAUCGUGAGAUGCGCCAGAACUAUGCCAGCAUGGAGCAGAAGCUGAAAGCGAAUGAAGAGCGCUUCAAGUUCAAGGACGAGGAAAUGAUACGACUCUCGCACGAGAACGUCGAGCUGCAGCGCACGCAGCUAAUGCUGCAACAGCAGGUGGAUCGAUUGAGGCAUUAUGAGGCCAAGGUAUAUCAUAGCAACGAUCUAAGCGAAACGGAUACAGCCGAGGGCACUGCGGAGCAUGUGAAUGAGCAGGAUCAUCAUGAGCAUGAACACCAUCAUGACGAUCAUCAGCAUCAUGAUGAGCAUGAGCACAAGCACGGUGACGAUCAUCAUCAUCAUCAUGAGCAUAAGCAUGGUGACGAUCAUCAUCAUCAUCACCAUGAUCAUCACGAGCAUCAGGAGCACUCCCACGGCGAUCAAGUGUCCACUUGCAAGACCCCCUUGUUGCCUACAGCCGAUGCUGUGGAAAAGCUGCAAUCCCGUUUCACCACACUCAUCAGCAAAGUUGCAGAUCUGACCGAGGAGAAGCAGAGCCUGGAGCAUCUGGUGCUGCAGCUGCAAAGCGAAACCGAAACCAUUGGCGAAUACAUCGCUCUCUAUCAGACCCAGCGGCGCAUGCUGAAGCAGCGCGAGUACGAGAAGGCCGCGCAGAUGCGUCUGCUCAAGGCGGAACGUGAGCAGCUGCGCGAAAAGAUCGAUGCCCUCAACAAACUGGUGGGUAGCCUAGGUCUAGCCGUCGAUCUUCCAGGCGAAACAGCUGUCGUCAAUAACCAGCCGGAGCAGCAGCAGCAGCAGCAGUCGCCAGCAGGCGACAACGCAGCAGAGAAUGAAAACUCUCAGCAGAUUAUACACAAAAUACAGGAUAUUAUAACGGAAAUCAAAGUGAAUACCGAACAGGCGCCCAGCACAGGACUGGCCGGUGGCCAGGCCGUGGACCAUCUCAACUGCUGCCUGGGCAAGUUUGAGGUUGUCUGAACGCGGCCAAAUCAGAAACUGCAAAUGUUAACAUAUUGUAUUCAAAGUGCAAUUAUUUGUUAAGCGUAAUCGCGUUUUCGCUUCGACCAGCCUCUGUAUAGGCUAUACACUCUUUUUUGUAUAUGUUUCAAGAAUAACGUUUAAUCAAAG